UUUCAUCUAAUGGCGUCCAUCGUAUGCAGCAAGACCAACCAGUUUCGCUAUGCUACUCGCGUUUUCUGCUCUCACCUUCUUCGCUAUGGCAGACCCAUCACGCUUUCACCACCAUUCUCCCAUCAUCUUCAUCUUUCAUCCCAACCACUCCAUCACCCUCACCUGGUUGGGGAUCAAGGUUAUGGUACUGGGUCUUUGAUGUUGUGUCAGAGGUUUCUAUCUAGUACUGCUGCUGUUGGUGUUAAUCAAGAAAAAGCAGCGUCAGAUAACUCUGCAAAAGAUGGUUCUGGUCAAGGAAAAGAGUCUGGAGGGGAAAAUGAUCAGAAAAGUGAUGAUGGGAAACCUGUUCGUGGAGGGCCUGUUUCUUGGUUGAGCUUUCUUUUGCUGGUUCUCACUGGAGCUGGAUUAGUAUUCUACUAUGACUGGGAAAAGAAACGACAUAUUGAAGACAUACAUAGUGCUUCAGAGGCAGUUAAGCAGGGACCUUCUGCGGGAAAAGCUGCGAUUGGGGGUCCAUUUCACCUUAUCAACCAUCAUGGGAAAUAUGUAACUGAAAAGGACUUUUUGGGAAAAUGGACAUUGAUGUAUUUUGGCUUUACUCACUGCCCUGAUAUUUGUCCAGAUGAACUACAGAAGUUAGCAGCUGCAGUUGAUAAAAUAAAGAAUAAAGCUGGAAUUGAAACUGUCCCAGUUUUUAUCUCUGUUGAUCCUGAGAGGGAUACUGUUGAACAAGUGGGCGAAUAUGUCAAAGAAUUUCAUCCAAAGCUAAUUGGAUUAACUGGUAGCCCAGAUGAGAUAAAGAGUGUUGCUCGUGCGUAUCGUGUUUAUUACAUGAAGACAGCAGAGGAAGACUCAGAUUAUCUUGUUGAUCACUCCAUAGUUAUAUACUUGAUGGGGCCUGACAUGGACUUUGUAAAGUUUUUCGGCAAGAACAAUGAUGUUGACUCACUUGCUGAUGGAGUAAUUAAAGAGAUAAAGCAGUAUAAGAAGUAACCUCCACAACUGUUUCUUCCUUGUGGGAAAGAAAUUGCCAUUUGAGUUUUGGCUUAAUGGUAUGAAACUUGACCAGCAAGUCUGAAUAUACUUCUGAAGGAUAGUUCCUUCUUUAGGUGAUUCUGGAGAAAUGACAGUUUUUUAAAAGGCAACUUAAUUGGUGUCAUUGUUUCAACAAUUAAUUUUUUAUUUUUAUUUUUUAAAUAAAUAAUUGGGGAUAAUAUUGUUACUUGUGUUGAUUUUAAGAUAUAACGGCAUUACAAUUGCCA